GUCAACCCUAGGUAUUGGCAAUAAUUAUAGUCUAAUCGGCAGCCUCAGCCUCUCUCUUCCCAUUUAAUUAUUUCUUCGCCCUUUCUUUUUCUCUAACCUUCCGCUUGUCGUUUCUUUGCUUUCGAGGCCUGAAUGAUAAUAUUAGUAAAACAGACCAAAAAUCAAAUCAGCUGAAAUUUUUCCCUCAAAGUUCCACCGUGAAAUCAGGAAGUCAUCAGCUUUUUAGUUCUUUUACACCUGGUGCUGCUAUAAAUGAUUCCGCUUUGCUGCAGCAAAUUAUUGUCUCGUUUCUGAUGGUCAUUUUGCUCUACGAAAAUGUCAUUAGAAGAAGUUUUGAAGGUUGUUUUUCCUUUUUUAGAUGGUGUAGACCUUGCAGCUUGUAUGGUGGUCUGUAAGCAAUGGAGACACAUAGCUAAAGAUGAUUACUUUUGGAAAUGUGUAUGUGCAAAGAGAUGGCCCUCCAUUUGCAAACGACCCAAUCCUCCUACUGUAACCUACUAUAAACUAUAUCAAACGUUUUACAAACGGAAGCAUCAGCGAACGCUUCUCCCUCCAAGACUUUCCUUUGAUGAUUUGGAAUUCUUCAUUGACAUUUGGACUGAAGAUAAAUUGAUUUUCUCCGAAGUUGUCCCCGGUCCUGUCCUCCAAAGAGGAAUCAAGAUCCCACCUGCUGGAAUCUGCGACAUGCUUAAGUUUCAUCUUCAAGGCGCCGAGUACAAGAUGAUCUUACCUGUUGACCCGAGGUUCACCAUUCCUUGGAGCCAGACUGUGAGUGUUUCAGUGCUUGUGGGGCGGAAGGACUCAAACAAGGUUGCUUGCAUAAUAAACAAAUCGAUGUUUGAUUACAUAGAUCGUACAGCUUCCAGGGCUCUAGCUUUCGACUACCUUGUCUUCUCUCCCUAUUAUCCCUUUAUAUCAGGAAUCCGGGCAUGGAUCUCCUUGCUUUUCAUGGAAGACAGAAGCGAUGGUGUCAUUGAUGUUUUUGGCAUUGAGAUGGACUUUUGUGAUGCUGCCAAUUCCCAAGAAGAGGUAUUGUGGCUGUUAGACAUGCUUGAUUGGAAAUGAAUGGUGGAAAGCUUAGUAGCCAGGACCAGGCACAGGGAAGAACUAGAGAUGUAAUGGUAAUAAUAUGUUCAGCCUUCACUGUGCCUUAAUUGUGGAUAGGUUGAGUAUUGCCUAUGGGUUUUAAGCUAUAUUUCUUGGACAGUGUGAGUAUUGCAUAUGAAUUGUAUUUGAAAGAUGAUUGGAAGUUAUAUUUUUUAUUGGAAAUAAUUCAAA